GCAAACCAAACCAAAACAUCAACAUCAGCUUCCAAAAUCAGGAAUUCUUCCCCCGAGUUCAGGCAACGCCUUCCUUCAUCCAUCGCCCGGAUCGAGUUGUGACCCCGAAGACCCAUCUCAGCCUAGCACUCUUAGCCCCCGCCCUCUCAGUGGGCUGGAUGUGCUCAUGAAGGCCAUCAUGCCUGCCCCCAAUUCGGUCGAGCCCUCGGCGGUGACGCCCUCCAUGGUGCACACGGCCUACAUCCCGUGUCCACUCUUGAGGCUGCCCCUCAACAUUGAAUGCAUUCUGGCCUAUGACGAUUACCUUCUGGUGGGCACCAAGCAAGGUCAUCUGCUCAUGUACCACGUCUUUCCCGCACCACCCGUUCGUAACGGCUCCACCCCGGGCCCCACUUUGGCCGCCCACGGGUCGCCCCCGCUCUCUUCAAGCAACGGCAUGGGGCUAGCCCCACCCUCCGGCACGCCCGAGAACAACUCGACCAACCCGGAACCGGUUUGGAGUGUCCAAUUGAUGCGAACCAAUAAGUUUUUCAGCAAGAAGACCAUCGUUCAAUUAGCCGCAGUGCCGGAAUACUCGAUUUUGGUGGCCUUAGCCGAUGGGAUCAUUUCCGUGCACGAUUUGGAUCUGGCUGUGACCAACUUCCCGGCCAUUUGCUCGGUCAGUCGGACUAAAGGCGCGAGUGCUUUCACUAUGUCGUUGGUCAAGAGUCAAUCGUUAACGGGUGAGACGUCCGUGGCGGUACGGGUGGCCGUGGCCGUGCGGAAGAAGGUCCAGUUUUAUUAUUGGAAGAACCGCAAGUUUCAUGAGCUCUUUCCCGAUGUGAGCUUAAAUGACACGCCCAAAACGCUGGCCUGGGUUCGGGAUUCGGUAUGUCUGGGCUUUAAGAGCGAUUAUAAACUGAUCAAAAUGAACGAAAAGCAAGCCGUCGUCGAUCUUUUCCCGACGGGUAAGAAUCAAGAGCCUCGAAUCACGCUCAUCAAUCAGGACGAGUUCGCACUCAGUCAGGACGAGCGGACCUCGUUCAUCGAUUGUCAGGGUCAUCUCAAAAUCAACUCAGUCGGCUGGAGCGAAGUUCCCCAAAGUUUGGCCCCGGAUGAGCCCUUUCUAUUAGGUGUUGUGGCCAAUCAGGUCGAGGUCAAGGCUCACCGCCCGGGACUCUCAAUUCAGAACCUGGAAUUGCCCAAGCCCAAAGUGAUAUGUUCGGCCGAAUCGGGUCAGGUGUAUGUGGCCUCGGCUUCUCAAAUUUGGCGUCUUCGCAUGGUGCCGGUUAGCACGCAAAUCCCCCAGCUACUCCGAGAAAAACAGUUCGAAUUGGCCAUCACCUUGUCCAAUAUCAGUGACGAGAACGUGGAAGAGCAGACUCGUCGUGUUCAGCAGAUUCAAACUCUAUACGCAUUCGACUUGUUUUGCGCCAAGAAGUUUGAAGAGUCUUUCGAGGUGUUUUACAAACUGAAUACGGAUGCCUCGCACGUGGUGGGCUUAUUUCACGAUCUAUUGCCCCAAGAGUUUCGGAACAGGCUCUCCUAUCCGGAUAAACUUCCAAUGCUCCAAGCCCGCGAUUACGAGAGUGGUGUAAAGGCUUUGAUUGAAUAUCUCACCAAGGUUCGACACCACCUGAAUGGAUUGGCCGUAAAAGGCAUCAGCCCACUGCCCAUUAAGGAGAAAGUGGUCACGAUUUCGUCCAAACGUCAAAUGUUGCAAAUCAUCGACACCACGCUCGUCAAGUGCUAUUUAAAGACCAACAAUGGGUUGGUUCAAUCGUUGUUACGCUUGAGUGAGAAUCAGUGUCAUUUGGAGGAGACUGAGCGUAUCUUAUAUAAGUCCAAUAAGUACGACGACUUGGUGAUACUGUACAGGACUCGUGGCCUACACAGGAAGGCACUGGCCCUUUUAAAAGAGCACAGCCAAGACCGAAAUUCUCCUCUUCAUGGACCUAAGCGAACAGUAGCUUAUCUCCAAGAUUUGGGACCCGAUCAUCUGCGGGUGAUCUUCGAAUACGCGACUUGGGUAUUGGAAGAAAACGAAGCUGACGGAUUGAGCAUUUUCACUGAGGAUCUGAGCGAGGUUGAGUCUCUUCCUCGCGGCAAUGUCCUGGACUUUUUGUCGAGGGUCAAACGUUCCACUGUCAUCCCCUAUUUGCGGCAUAUCAUCCUUGAGUGGAAAGAGAGCAACACAAUUUUUCAUAAUUCCCUCAUUCUCAACUACAAAGACCAGAUCAUGAGCGCUUGGAGUGAGAAGAACCUCCCUAGGGUGGAGCAACUCCGAAGCGAGCUCCAGGACUUUCUCCGCACUUCCAAGAACUACACAGGGGAAAUUGUGCUACCUGUAUUUCCCAAGAACUGCUUGGACGAGGAAAGAGCCAUUCUAUUGGGAUCAUUGAGCAAACACCGGGCUGCCUUGACCAUGUACCUCUAUCGAAUCAAAGACGUGGCCAAGGCCAAGGACUACUGUCAGAAAGCUUUCAUUCCGGGCAGCCAAGUAUACUCAGUUUUCAUCGAGUUGCUGCUCAGGCCUCCAGACACGACUCUACUCCGAGAAUUAUGUAUCGACCAGGACUCGCUGCAAUCCGUACCCCACGGCUUGGAACAUUGUCUCGAGGUACUCCAGAACCACGGGGACAAGGUGGAUUGUCCCACGGUACUCAGGGCCAUUCCCGAUCAUGUUCCUUUGGAAAGACUAGGCCGCUUCUUAAGCGCCAGUGUCGAGAUGCGGAUCUCCCACAAGCGCCACAAUCAGAUCCUUCAUGGUCUCACUCAUGCGGAUCAUUUGCAACUUCAGGAACGACGCGUGUUGAGCGAGUCCAACAUCCUGAUCGUGUCCGAUCAUGACGUCUGUCGAGUUUGUCACAAGCGGUUCAAGAAUCAAGGUGCCAUCGUACGAUUCCCAAGGGGCCAUGUGGUGCAUUAUUCUUGUCAAGAAAAAGGAGCACUUCUGUGAUAACCAUCUAUUCGUAUGCCUUAAAUGAUCAUGGACACUUGAUGGAUGUCUGAUUUCAGCCAACACCGCAACAAUAACUCUACUAAUUCAAGUGUAGUAAUGUGAUCUCUGUCUUCCACUGAUUAGAAGGACGAGACCAACCAAAUAUGAUUUGCCAUAUUGAAUAUAAACGUGGAUGAUCAACGCUCACAGGCUUUCUCAUUACUUAUUCACUCACCUGCUGGGUAUUUAAUUAUCUUUCAG